CACAUUUCUUGUGCAGGGCAGCGAGGAUGCUGAGCUGAGGGGCUGCAAGCACCGUUUUGCCUCAACCAAUGCGAGGACUGACUCCACUUGCAAAUGCGACGAGAAAACAAGUAGGUCACUCAUAUAUUCAACUGAGCAGUCGGUGUCAAAAGCGGCCAGUCCUUAAAUUCGGCGAAGAAACCCACUUGAGAGGCUUUGAGAUUCUAAUGUUAGAUCCAAAGCGAGAACAAGCGGUGAAGUGAGCCAUUCAAAUCCCGCUAAGCACGGGGAGAGGUCGUCCGCAGGCGAAGAGGAGGAGGAUGACAUGUUUCCAGUCCAAAUGUUACCGGACAAAAAGCACCGGACUUCCCCGAACCUUCCAAGGAAAAGAGUGAAGACCCAGAUGGUCAAACCCGCCGUCUGCUGCCUGAAAGAGACUCUCAGAUUUCUCACUGACCGUUUAUCUGGAGCUUUUGAUCAAAUUUGCCCAAGGAAAUCUGUAUCGUAAGAAUACAAGUUGUGGUGACUUUGAAGAACCAGCAAAUCUAUGUGGGUAGUGGAGAAGAUCCGCGUUUCGCUGGAGAGCCCCGCCCUGCCCAUGCCAUCAACAGAAUUCAGCUUCAAGAUCAGCGACAUCAUGUUUGGGGACAAAUCGGACAAACACAAAAAAAUGUCCCUGUUCCCCAAUGUCAUCACCCCUGACAACAUCCCGGAGUUCUGCAUCCCGCCCACCAUCCCGUCCCUGCAGGAGCUAAAAAACACGGACCACGGCCGAGCGGUUCGUGUUGCCAAAGCAAGCCACUGUGAGAAGGUUGAGGUGGAGGCGGUGCACCAUGAGGCCUUUAACCCGCACAUAAUCCAGGUGGAGAGCGUGGAUGAGGGCCCGUACGAUGGCUGUAGCGAUGAGGAGACAACAAACGCAGAUCCUCAAAGCCAAGCGGCCUUGUCCCUCCCCCACAUGGCCAAAGCUCAGACCUGCUACGGCUUUUGCACCUUGCUGGAGAGCCCGCACACCAGGAGGAAGGAGUCUCUCUUCCACUCCGAUCCGGGUUCCUCUCCUCUGCUGCUGCCCAGGAGCCGAUCCGCCACCUGUUCCAAAGUCACCUCGCCCCCUUUAUCCUCUCCUUCCUCCUUCAGCCUCAACAGUCUGUCCUCCCGACUUUCCCCGAGAGGACACAAUCUCAACUGGCAGGGAGUUCCGGACAGCGACACGACGUCCUCUACUGAGUCGUCUCCCUUCAGUUCGCCGCUUCUGACCAGAUGCCCCGCCAAGUCGUCCCUCUUCAAGGCACUGAGCCAUGAACUGCUGCUAUCGCGGAACAUAAGGAAGGCCAUGGUGUCCAGGAAUAAUUCGCUGUCCACAGAUGAAGGCAGCUCGACUGACAACAGUCCCAACGUGAUGAGGAGGGCAUCGGAGGGCUUAGGUGAGGGCCUCCCCGGCUGCUAUCGUCUGGCACCCCCGACUAUCUUCCCCAUGGAUUUGACCCUGCAUCGGGAGCGGGUGAUGAAAGAAAGAAUGGUGGCGAUAGGGAAGGACGGCAGCCUGAGACUCUCAGGGGAGUACUGCCCAGACAACCAGAGACUGAGGGUACGACUAAUCAGCGCCGAGGGCCUGUACCCUCUGUCCGUCGACUCCAAGAUCAUUAACUGCAGUGUCAGCAUCUCACUGGCUCCGGGGAAAGUUCAGAAGCAACGCAGCACUGUCAUCCGAAAGAGCCGCAAUCCCAUCUUCAACGAAGAUUUCUUUUUCGAUGGCAUCUCAGAGGAAGACCUCGGCGUGCGUUCUCUUCGCUUCAAAGUGGUCAAUAAAAUGUCCACCCUUAAAAGAGACUAUCUGCUGGGUAGCUGUGAUUUGCCUCUUAGGACCCUUGUCACCUUAAACCAUUAAUUAGUUCAUCCACAUUUGUUAUGAAGGUAUUAAAUUAUUUCUCUGCAUUUUUUGGGGGUAACUUGAGAUGAUUUUUUUUUUUUUCCUAAUGAAUAAAUUAUGGGAACCCUCAAUUGCUUGACAUUCAA